UCGCCUUCCUUCGCAUCACAUUCCCCCGCCCGACCCGACCAUCAUGGACUUCCCGGCGCUGGUGGCCGCUCUGAUGAGCAACGACAACGCGACGCGCAAGCAGGCCGAGGCCUCGUACGAGGCCUUCAAGGCCGAGCAGCCGCAGACGCUCGUGGCCAACCUGGUGCAGCUGCUGCGCGCCGCCCCCGAGCCCGAGGCGCGCGCCUUCGCCCCCGUGCUGCUGCGCCCGCUCCUGGAGGUCAAGGCCGGCGUGUACACGCAGCUCGACGCGACUGCGCAGGCCACGCUCAAGGCGCAGCUGCUGGAGGCUGUGGCCAGCGAGCCCGUGGCCCACAUCCGCCGCAAGCUCGGCCACCUGAUCGCCGAGCUGGCCGCCAUCUCAGAGAAGUUCGAGCAGGCGUGGCCCGAGCUGCUGAACGCCGUCUCGGCCCUCACCACACACGCGGACGCCCUGCUGCGCGUCACGGCCUUCGACCUGCUGGCCAAGCUGGCCGAGUACGUCGGCGACCUGCUCGCCCCGCACAAGGAGAGCUUCCUCACGCUCUUCACCAACGCGCUCAACGACGCCAGCGGAGAGGUGCAGAUUGCCGCCCUCAAGGCCGCCUCGGCCUUCCUGCUCACGCUCGAGGACAAGCAGGAGCUGUCGGCCUUCGCCAUCAUCAUCUCCCCCAUGCUGCGCAUCAUCCAGGCGCUCGUGAGCUCGGGCGACGAGGUUGCCUUCCGCGAGGUGCUGUCGGCCCUGGUGCAGAUCGCCGAGGUGCACCCCAAGUUCUUCCGCAACUCGCUGGACGACGUGGCCCGCGCCAUGAUCUUCGUGUGCUCGAACCAGGAGCUGGACUCGGAGACCCGUGAGCUCGCGCUCGAGUUCCUCAUCUCGAUCUGCGAGAACGCCGGCGGCAUGGUGCGCAAGUCGCAGUUCAUCGUUUCUAACGUGGUGCCUCUGGUGAUCCAGCUCAUGUGCGAGGUGGAGGAGGACGAUACGUGGGUGCAGAAGUUCGACGACCCGGAGACCUUCACGGAGGCCAACGACGCCGACAACUCGAUCAGCGACGCUGGUGCCGCCGCGAUUGACCGCCUCAGCUCGUCGCUGGGCGGCAACGCUGUGCUGCCUGUCGCCAUCCCGGUCAUCAAGGGCUUCCUCGGCGACGCUGACUGGCGCAAGCGUCGCGCUGGUCUGUACGCUACCUGCCUGCUGGGCGAGGGCGCCAAGUCGCUCAUGACGCGCGAGCUCGACAACGUGGUGGGCAUGGUGCUGCCGUUCCUGAACGACCAGCACCCGCGCGUUCAGUACGCUGCUCUGCACAGCAUCGGUCAGAUUGCCGAGGACUUCGGCGAGGUGGAGAAGGGCAAGAACUUCCAGGCCAAGUUCCACGCCGUGGUCGUGCCGGCCCUCACGGCGCUGAUCCAGAACGAGCAGGGUGUGCUGCGCACGCGCGCUCUGGCCGCCAGCGUGGUGAUCAACUUCUGCAACACGAAUGUGUGCAAGGCCAAGUACGUCGCCCCGUACAGCCAGGCUCUGCUCGUGGCCCUCUUCAACGCGAUGCGUUCGUGCCCGCGUCAGGUCCAGGAGCAGGCUAUCACUGCCGUGGCUAGCGUCGCGAAGGUGAUCGGCGGCGAGUUCCUGCGCUUCUACGACAUUUUCAUCCCGCUUGCCAAGGAGGUUCUGACCAACGCUCACGGCAAGGAGUACUCGCUGCUGCGUGGCAAGUCCAUGGAGUCGAUUGCCCUGAUUGGCCAGGCUGUUGGCAAGGAGCGCUUCGUGAACGACGCCAAGGAGAUCAUGGAGAUCCUGGUGCGCGUGCAGUCCAGCGAGGAGCUGGAGGGCCCCGAGGUGCAGUACGUUGCGCAGUCGUGCGUGCGCAUUGGCAGCAUCCUGAAGGAGGACUUCGUUCCGUACCUGCCCCACGUGAUCCCGGCCCUGAUUAAGCAGGCGCAGAUUCAGCCGGACAUUCAGCUGUCCGACGUCGCCGACGACGAUGUCGAGGAGGACGGCCAGACGACUGAUGGCAAGGACACGAUGACGCUCGAGAUCCGUGGUGUGGGCAAGAAGCGUCUGGAGAUCAACACGAGCGCGCUGGAGGACAAGACCAACGCGUGCAACAUGCUGUACCAGUCGGCCCUGGACCUGGAGGGCUGGUUCUACCCCUACGUCGCUGAGGUGGCGCAGGUGAUGAUCCCGCUGAUUGACUUCGAGUACGUUGAGGACAUCCGCAUUGUGAGCAGCCUGACCAUGGCUAAGCUGCUGAAUUGCGCGGUGGACGGCACGCUCAACCACGGCCACGGCGCCACGGCGCCGCAGUUCCCCCAGCAACUCUUUGAGAAGUUCUUCGAGCCGAUGCUGAAGGGCCUGCAGGAGGAGGAGGACCUGGAGUACCUCGGUGCUCUCGCUGAGGCCAUGUCGGCCGUCCUUGAGGUCUGCAAGGAGAGCCAGGAGAAGGGUUUCCAGGUGGGCAUUCCUCUGGAGCACGUUCCGCGUGUGGUGGAGAUCUUCAAGACGGUGGCGUCCAACAGCGCUCAGCGCCUGAUGACCCAGCACCAGGAGAACCAGCAGGACGAGGACUACGACGCCGAGGCUGCCCUGCAGCAGACGGAAAACGACGAGCUUGAGGAGGGUGUCUUCCGCUCGAUGGUCGACUCGAUCGGUUGGAUUGUGAAGAUCCAGAAGGAGGCCUUCUUCCCUGUGUUCCAGGCGCACCUGCUGGCGUUCGUGACGCCGCUGCUGGAGCAGAAGACGGUGCCCAUGCUGCGCGGUCAGGCUAUCUGCAUGAUCGACGACAUCAUUGAGCACUGCGGUGCUGCCGCUCAGGAGCUGGUGCCGCUGUUCCUGAACCACCUGGUGCAGGGUCUUGAGGACCAGAGCCCGUCCGUGAUCCAGGCGUCCGCCUACGGCAUCGGUGUCAGCGCUGAGAAGUGCGGUGCUGCGUUCGACCCGUUCUGCCAGAAUGCGCUGGAGAAGAUGGUGCACCUGAUCAACGUGUCGGCUAAUGUGGACGAUGAUGAGGUCGGCGCCGCGCGCGACAACGCUAUCAGCGCUGUGGCCAAGAUCUGCCUGGCCCGUGAGGGCGCUGUCGACGCUGCCAAGAUGUGGCUGAUGUGGCUCAGCUGGCUGCCGCUCCGCACGGACGUGUUGGAGGCCCGUGACGUGCACGCUCGUCUGAUUUCGCUCGUGAACAGCGGCAACGCUCACGUUAUCGGCGCUGACUACGCCAACCUCCCCCAGAUCCUGAAGGUGUUCGCGUCUGCUCUUCGUAAGUUUAUCCCCUGCUUGAUGAUUUCUCCGUGUGGAAAGUGUCUAACUGUUUUGUUUGUGUAUUGCCAAUAUCCAGUGUUCGACUUGGCGGCUGCGGAGGAUGCCGCGGACGACGAAGACAUGGCGACCAUUUCGGAGGAGACCAAGCCGCAGCUCCGUGAGCUGCUCGCCAAGCUGCAGUCGCAGCUUCCUGGUCCGGUGGUGCAGGGUGCCUGGUCCAAGCUCAGCGGCGACGAGCAGCAGGCGCUCUCUCAGCUGUAA